AUGCCUUUCUCAAAGCCAUCCUCAUCUUCCGGAUCCUCGUCAUUCUUUCGCAACUCAUCGUUGACCAUUACUCCACCAACUACUCUCGGGAAGUCUUCUAUCCCGAAAUCAAAGCUUAUCAUUCCAAAGACUUUGCACCAGCUGUUCAGAGUCAAUGCAAACAGUUUACACCCUUCUUCUAUCAGUCCCCUUCCUGCCGCCAAUGUUCGUCGAGCCUCUAUCAGGAUGCCUCACCUACGAAGACUUCCCUUCGCUAAACCCGCACCUCAUCCAACCCUUACCACACGGAUUUCAACACCCUCUGCUCCAUACUAUCGUCUCAUGAAGCACGAAUCGCGAUGCCUACAAAACAUUUCCAGCGGCAUAUACGUCGCUUUCGAAGACGACGCUCGCUCCUUCGAAGGAAAAGCGGUCGAGGAAGAACUUAGAGCAGAGGACGGCCGCAGAUUCACACAUAUCAUUCAGAUCAGUCGUACAAUAAAUUUAUUCUCAUCACCUAUUAUCUCGUAUUCAACCGACCGUCACUCCACAAAACACCUGCAUCUCUCAAUUCUUCCACGUCCGCACGACCAAUACGAGCAUCACAUGUGGAUUCUGCAGUUUGAUCCCGAGCUUACAGGGUUGACUGCUGAACAGGCAGAGAUGUGUCUCGACUCGAGUUACUUCUACCCCGAGAAGAGGUUCACGUUGACGGAUAAUGGGGUUACGAGGUUGGGGUCUAGACAGAUGGCAGCGGCAAGGGAGUUUAUAAGCAGAAGUACGAGUACGUCGCGGGUAUUGGUAACAGGCCCUCGAGACUUCAGGACGGAUGUUAUGUCUAUCGUCGCCUGUGUCCUUGCUUCUACUUACAAAAGCCCCCUUGCGGAUGUGGUAAACAGUAUCGAUCGGUUGCAGGGGGUUGAAAAUGUAUGGCAGGGGUGUAUUUCGCGAGUGGGGGUGGAGUAUAUUCAAGAGGUUUGUUAA